UCACUCUUAUUUACUGUAUAAACAAAGUACAAAGAAUUCACAAUCUAUGCGAAGUAAUUGCAGUAUCUAUUCCCCGUUGGUUUUUAUCACUCUCAUUUCUCUCAAACACCCACAAAGACCCCUCCUCUCUCUAAUCCCCAAUUCUCAGUUCCAAAGCCUCGGCCAAAAACAAUCUUAAAUCUCUGAUGGGUUUUGAAGGAGAUGAAGAAUUGGCCACCACCCCCAACAAAUCCACGUUCAGGUACAACUCACCCCUCGUCCAAGUGUCCCUCAUAGGCCUGGUAUGCUUUUGCUGCCCCGGCAUGUUCAACGCAUUCUCUGGCUUGGGCGGUGGCGGCCAGGUCGACCACACGGCUGCCAACAACGCCAACACCGCUGUCUUCACCACAUUCGCGGUCUUCAGCAUCCUCGGCGGAGGCAUCUACAACAUCCUGGGGCCGCGACUCACGCUCUUCGCCAGCUGCUCCACCUACGUCCUCUAUGCCGGCUCUUUCCUCUACUACAAUCACCACAAGCACCAAGAUUUUUCCAUUGCUGCCGGGGCACUGCUGGGCAUCGGCGCGGGCCUCCUCUGGGCCGCACAGGGCUCUAUCAUGACCUCUUACCCACCAACGCACCGUAAAGGGAUGUAUAUCUCGCUCUUCUGGUGUAUCUUCAACAUGGGUGGUGUCAUUGGCGGCCUUAUUCCUUUCAUUCUCAACUAUCAUCGUGGCGAAGCUGCUUCGGUUAACGAUGGCACCUAUGUUGGUUUCAUGGCCUUCAUGGCGGCCGGGACACUUAUUUCUUUGGCGAUUUUGCCACCCAGCAAGGUGAUUCGUAAUGAUGGGACUCGGUGUAGUAACAUCAAGUACUCCAACGUUAGGACUGAGUCGAUUGAAAUUUUGAAAUUGUUCAUAAACUGGAAGAUGCUGCUCAUAGUGCCUGCCGCUUGGUCCAGCAACUUUUACUACACAUACCAAUUCAAUAACGUUAAUGGGGCGUUGUUCAAUUUGAGGACUAGAGGGUUUAACAACAUGCUCUACUGGGGUGCUGAGAUAUUGGGCUCGGUUGGGAUUGGUUACAUAAUGGACUUCAGUUUUCAGAGCAGGAGGAUGAGGGGGUUUGUUGGGAUUUUUGUGGUUGCGGUCCUUGGGACUGCUAUUUGGGCUGGUGGUCUUGCCAACCAGCUCAGAUACUCGCGCGGUGACAAGCUAGAGAAGUUUGAUUUUAAGGACUCAGGUGCCGAUUUCGCAGGGCCCUUCGUCUUGUAUUUUAGUUAUGGAUUGCUGGAUGCCAUGUUCCAAAGCAUGGUUUACUGGGUGAUUGGAGCCUUGGCGAAUGAUUCUGAAAUCCUUAGCAGGUAUUCUGGGUUUUAUAAGGGAGUACUGAGUGCCGGAGCAGCGGUUGCUUGGCAAGUUGAUACACACAAUGUCUCUUUCAUGUCCCAAUUGAUUGUGAAUUGGUGCCUCACUACAGUCGCUUAUCCAUUAUUGGUGGUUCUUGUCAUGUUGGCUGUGAAGGAUGAGGCGGAGGCUGAAGAGGGAACUACUGAGGAGGCUACUCCUACUUCAACUAAGCCUGCUGAUACAUGACAAUGAUUAUAGAGGGGUUCAAUCUUCCAGAAGGCCACCAUUGUGUUUUUAUCUUGGGGAUGCAUUACAGCCCUCACCUGCAAUGCCUGUUUACAGUCCCCAUCUUAUUUUAUAAUCUUAAAAAAAAACUCUCUCCUCUCA